UUUAGUAUCAGUAGAAUCACUGAGCUGAUGAGAAAAACUGCUGCAGAUCAGUAAGUAAAAAAACUGGUGUAUUGCUUCUGUUUGGACACAUCAACAGGAGUAAGAAGAACUUGAGACAUUCAGUAUUGUGAAGUGAAAUGGCUCAGAGAAGAAAUAAGAUUGAUUCAGGUAAAUAUUGUUGUUCCAUCUGUUUGGAUCUACUGAAGGAUCCGGUGACUAUUCCCUGUGGACACAGUUACUGUAUGAACUGCAUAAAACGCUACUGGGAUGAAGAUCAGAGGAGAAUCCACAGCUGCCCUCAGUGCAGGAAAGAGUUCAUUCCAAAACCUGCUCUGGAGAAAAAUGUGAUGUUAGCUGAUUUAGUGGAGGAUCUGAAGAAGACUGGACUCCAAGCUGCUCCAGCUGAUCACUGCUAUGCUGGACCUGAAGAUGUGGCCUGUGAUGUCUGCAGUGGGAGGAAGAUGAAAGCUGUCAAGUCCUGUUUAUCAUGUCCAGCUUCCUACUGUGAGAAUCACCUCCAACCUCACUAUGAUGUCCCUGGACUAAAGAAACACAAGCUGUUGGAUCCCAGCAAGAAUCUCCAGCAGAACUUCUGCUCUCAUCAUGAUGAGGUGAUGAAGAUCUUCUGUCGUACUGAUCAGCAGUGUAUCUGUUAUCUCUGCACUAUGGAUGAACAUAAAGACCAUGAAACAGUCCCAGCUGCAGCAGAAAGAGCUGAGAAGCAGAAGAAGCUCCAGGAGAGUCGACAACAAAUCCAUCAGAGAAUCCAGGACCAAGAGAAAGAUGUGAAGCUGCUUCAACAGGAGGUGGAGGCCAUCAAUGUCUCUGCUGAUAAAGCAGUGGAGGACAGUGAGAAGAUCUUCACUGAGCUGAUCCGUCUCCUCCAGAAAAGAAGCUCUGAUGUGAAGCAGCAGAUCAGAUCCCAGCAGGAAACUGAAGUGAGUCGAGUCAAAGAUGUUCAGGAGAAGCUGGAGCAGGAGAUCACUGAGCUGAAGAGGAAAGACGCUGAGCUGGAGCAGCUCUCACACACAGAGGAUCACAACCAGUUUCUCCUCAACUACCCCUCACUGCCAGCACUCAGUGAGUCUAAAGGCUCAUCCAGCAUCAACAUCCGUCCUCUGAGACACUUUGAGGACGUGACAGCAGCUGUGUCACAGCUUAGAGACAUAAUGCAGGACGUCCUGAGAGAAACAUGGAGAAACAUCUCACUGGCAUUUACUGACGUUGAUGUUCUACUGUCAAGACCAGAACCAAAGACCAGAGCUGAAUUCUUACAAUAUUCAACAGAAAUCAGUCUGGAUCCAAAUACAGCUCACAGGUAUUUGUUAUUUUCUGAGGGGAACAGAAAAGUCACAGUAGUGGACGAAGUACAGCCUUAUCCUGAUCUUCCUGACAGAUUUGAUUAUUGGUAUCAGGUCCUGAGCAUAAAAAGUCUUCCUGAACGUUGUUACUGGGAGGUGAAAAUGAGAGAAGAAGUGUAUGUAGCAGUUUCAUACAAGUAUAUGGGCAGAGACGAUUAUUCAGAUGCUUGUCUGUUUGGAUACAAUGACCUAUCUUGGGCAUUCUAUCGUGACAUAAACAGUUGUGAAUUUUCUCAUAAAGCACUUCAAACUCCAGUACCAGGUCCAGUUUCCUCCAGAAUAGGAGUGUAUCUGGAUUCCAGAGCAGGUAUUCUGUGUUUCUACAGAGUCUCUAAAACCAUGAGUCUCCUCCACAGAGUCCAGACCAGAUUCACUCAGCCUCUGUAUGCUGGAGUUGGAUUUGUCCAGAUCACCCAUCAUGCUGGACCCUCUGCUGAGUUGAUUAAGCUGAAAUAGUCAGCGGUGAUCUGAGUUCCCUUUGAUUAAUACGUGCAUUCUAGUUUCAGUCUCUUCCGUCUCCAUCAUUGUGGCUGAGAGUUCAUUGUUAUCAUUUCUUAACUGCUCAGAGAUCAGCUGCUUUGUCAUCUCGUAUGCCGAUGAUGGCGUUUGUUUGGUGCUGCCCCUUCGUGUUUCUGUUCUGCCAUGGAGACUACCAGGAGGAUUUUGAUUCACAUGAACUAGUUUCAUUUAUUGCUUUGUCAGUCCAAAUGAUGUGCAAAUCCAUGUAUAGAUGAGUUGAUAGAAACUGUAAAUAUUAUGUUUAUCAUCAUCAGUCAAUAUUUAAUUGCACAAAUAUCAGAUUCUGGGUUAAACUGGUUGUAAUUAAUCAGCCUCUGGAAUGCACAUUAGUGGACCAACAACAGUCUUAUCCUGAUCAUCCAGACAGAUUCACUGGUUGCUAUGAAGUCCUGAGUAGAGUCUGACUGGGUGUUGUUACUGGGAGGUAACAAAAUACUGAGCUAUGAUACAGGUGAGAAUAAAAGAUACCUUUCAAUAGAUUAUGUACAUUUUCAGUGUCUUUCAAAACUAAAAACUUCAACAGUAUUUCUGCUUUGAAAUAUUCACAUCUGCUGAAAACAAAAAUCAAUGAAGGAAAAUGUUUUAAUUUACAAUCAUAUGUUAGUGUUAAUGUAGAUUUUGAAAAGUGUGUAAAAAUGAAUUGUUCUUAAAUAGGCUACAUGAAUAUCAAGUGCUUUGUCUUACUCAAAUAUUAUUGUUCAAAUUUAACGGGUUAGAAUUUAUGAUUCAUAUUUUCAGUAUGUCAAAUAUUUUUUCUUAUUUCCUCCAAUGUGCGACAGAGAAGCAUACGAAUGAUUUGAAGAUGUUUUUCAUUUUAGUAAGUUUAUAUUUUAAUCAAAUAUUUUCUUGUUGCUUUAUAUUUUUCCAACUGUAAUGCUAAUAAAAGUCUCCACAGAAAGUAAUGAGUCUCCACCUUCAACAUUUCACAUUUCAACCAGCUGUAAAAUUAGCAUGUUAAUUAUUGCAGAUAAAAAUUGUCAUGUAAAGUUAGAUAGCAUGCUAGCUUUAAGCUAGCUACAGCUACUAACAGGAUGUUAGCUAAAGGAGGCUA